UAUACCAACCCCAAGGAAAGGAGCGCCAAAACUUUCCACCCACUCCAACGGUGGCCCUUAAAAACUCUUAACCUCACUCAGUACGCACGCACGGUCUUUUGAAGUUAGUUCAGAAUCAGGAACUUCACUCACUCCCUCAACCCACUCACAGUUCCUUUGCCAAUGGCCGCUCACAGACUCGCUCUGAUCAUUCAAAACCCUUCAAACGACGAUGAGUUUCUGCUCGUGAAGCAGUCUCGCCCUCCCAAAUUCCAAGAUGAAGAGUACGAUUCUUUCGUCGAUUCUGAUCUCUGGGACUUGCCCUCCGCGCAGUUGAACCCGCUGCAAGCAGAAUUGGAGCCCCCGUUUGAGGUGGAAAUUGCGGAUUCCCAUUCAGAGGAGGUCAAUUUGAGGGAAUUCGACAUCCGUUCGGCUCUCAACGAAGUGUUUCGGCAAAUAGGUUUUGGGGCAGUUGAAGGGACAGAGUGGAAGUUCUAUAAGUAUGCGAAGGAAGCUGCGUUUGGACCCGGUUUGCCCGUUAAUACAGUCUUCAUUGUGGGAAAAUUGAUAGCUGAGGACAAGGACUUUCGAGAUUCUUAUAAAUGGAUGUCCGUUCAAAGCUGUCUUAACUGGCUUCUGGAAGUGAAACCACAAGGUGAUCGUGUUGGACCGUUGGUAGUUGUUGGUCUUAUUAAUGACACAUCUGUCUCCACAAAGUGGAAAGUCCCUCCAGCCAUAAACUAUCAGGAGUACCCGCCUGGUGUUAUACUUAUACCUAUGGGAAGUAGGACAGCAAAGCCUUUUUGCACAACAAACUUGGUUGUGUUUGCACCUGAGAAUGUUCCAAAUGAUUCCGAGGAUAAUAAUUUUAUUGCAUGUGGAGAUGCACUAAUAAUUGAUCCAGGAUGUCUAUCAGCAUUCCAUGGAGAGCUAAAGAAAGUUGUAGCCGCAUUGCCAAGAAGGCUAGUGGUCUUUGUCACUCAUCAUCAUCGUGACCAUGUAGAUGGUCUCUCAGUUAUCCAGAAGUGCAAUCCUGAUGCUACUUUGUUAGCACAUGAAAAUACCAUGCAUCGCAUAAGCAGAGGUGAUUGGUCACUUGGCUAUACCUCAGUUACUGGAGAUGAGGACAUUUAUAUUGGUGGUCAGAGAUUGAAAGUUAUUUUUGCAGCGGGACAUACAGAUGGUCAUAUGGCGCUACUUCACGUGAAUACUCAUUCAUUGAUUGUAGGUGAUCAUUGUGUGGGUCAGGGAAGUGCUCUCUUGGACGUAACUUCAGGUGGAAAUAUGACUGAAUACUUUCAAACCACAUACAAAUUUCUGGAGCUUUCACCACAUGCUUUAAUACCAAUGCAUGGGAGAGUUAAUCUCUGGCCAAAGCAGAUGCUGUGUGGAUAUCUUAAGAAUCGUAGGAGUAGAGAAGCUAAUAUCUUGAAAGCAAUUGAUGGUGGAGCGAAAACAUUGUUCGACAUUGUUGCGUAUGUAUAUUGUGAUGUUGACCGCCGUGCCUGGAUUGCUGCAUCAUCAAAUGUGAGGCUCCAUGUGGAUCAUCUAGCCCAGCAACAUAAGUUACCAAAGGAUUUUUCAUUCCAGAAGUUCAACAGUACCUGUGGACUGCAUUUUCUAUCUCGAUGGAUGUGGGCUUACACUAGUGGCAGUUUACAUCUGGGGAAAUCUUCAUUUCUUAUUGGUGGUGUUUUGGCUGGCGUUGCUGUAUUGUACUCUCUCAAAAGCAAGUUCAGUAAAUAGAAAGGUGUACCUACAUAGGAGUAUGUGGUGAUCGUGCUUGAACUGUUGGCGGCUAGUUUUUAUUCGUUUGCCGUUAAGUUUUAAAAUGAUUGUUGGUGCAAUUUGGACGAGCAUAGUACUACUGGUUGGUCUUCCGUGGUUUGUGUCUUCCGAAGAACAUCUCUCGUGGGCAUCCUGACCCUGACAAGGUCGAGGCAUCUCUCGUGGGCAUCCUCUUUCCCUAUAUGUAUACAUUAGUGUGGUGUUUUAGUUCUCUCUUUCUUCCCCUAAGUAAAUGCUGCUGGGCUUCUCCUAGGGCGGGACAUAGUCUCCUCGAUACAAGAUAAAUACCUUUGCAUACAGAAACAAAUAAACAUUAAUGGGCUGUUUGGUACAUGGUAAUAAAAGGGAUACCCAAGAAUUUAAUAGUGGGAAUUAUUUAUACCCAUAUUUGGUACGAGGAAAACAUAAAUUAUGCCUUGGAAUAUUUUGUGAUCAGGUAUCCAUUUAACACUACCGAUAGGCCAAAAUAAAUACCUACUUCCACAUGGUAAUUUUUUAUACCUGUCUACUGGCUAUCAAUUUACAUUUUUUUGCAGACAAAAAUACCCUUGUGAGCCCUAGCAUAAGUUAUGUUCGAAGAAGCUAUUUUCCUCUGAAUAACAAUGUUGCUGUGGAGGUAGCCCAUCGACGGAAACUUCUCUGGUUUGUUCGAACAUUUUUUGUUGUCUUUGUUGCCUCCGUUUUGUGAUGUUUCACAAAUCGGUAAUAUUAGUUUCACAAAUCGGUAAUAUUCCAUACUAAUAUUCCAUGCCAUGAGUGAAAUAUAUAAACAUUUUAUGAUCUUUAUCUACGGGAAGAUAUACUUGUGGGCAAGGCUGACUUGUUUACAUGUGUAUGGUAAGGCUAGAAUGGCACAAUCGCAGUUCAACUGAU